UCAUUGAAGAAGGACAGGGAAAGUCUCCAUUUCCCAUCCUCCAGACGAAACCCAACAUGACGGACAAACUGUGCAAGCUUUUUGUUGGAGGGCUGAACGUGGAGACCAACAGCGAUGGUCUCCGAGCCUAUUUCGAACAGUACGGCUCUCUGACGGACUGUGUCGUGGUUAUGAACCAGCAGCUCGGAAGGUCCCGCUGCUUCGGCUUCAUAACCUACUCCGCACCGGGGGAGGCCGACGCUGCAAUGGCGGCUAAGCCACAUGUCGUCGAAGGCAACAACGUGGAGCUGAAGAGGGCCAUAGCCCGAGAGGACGCCAACAACCCCGACAUCCUCGCCAACGUGAAGAAAAUCUUCGUCGGCGGAGUGAAGGACCACAUCGAGGCUGAGAACCUGACCGAAUACUUCUCUCAGUUUGGCGCAGUGGAGAAAUCCGAGAUCAUCUCCGACAAGCAGACCGGCAGGAAGAGGGGCUUCGGCUUCGUCUACUUCACUGACACCGACUCCGCCACCAAAGCAGCGCUGACCAAAUAUCACACCAUUAACGGGAACAAGGUGGAGGUGAAGAAGGCCCUCAGCAAGCAGGAGAUCACCACCGGAGGGCGCGGAGGAAGAGGCCGAGGGAGAGGAAUGCAGAACUUCGGCGGCGGGAGAGGAGGUGGAUACGGAGGAGGAUAUGGCGGCGGCUAUGGCGGAGGUUACGGCGGGAAUUACGGAAGUGGCUACGGCUAUGGCGGCGGCUACAACAACGAUAGCAGCGGUGGCUACGGGGGUUACGGGGGAUACAACGAGUACGAAACCCAGGUGGGGGGAGGAUACAGCAACGGAGACUUUGGGGAGGGCUACGGACAGCAGCAGUCUGGCUACGGCGCGAUGAAGGGGGGCAACUACUCCUACCGUAGCGGGGCUCCCUACAGAGGAGGUGGGGGAGGAGGCGCCGUGAGAGGCGGUGGAUUUGGAGGAGGCUAUUAGGGCGUUUGAAAGCCAAGAUGUUCAUGGGGACAUUAGAAACGAACUUUACAUUUACAGCACCAUCAUCUUCGGUGUGGGGGGGCUGGGUAAUGAGCUGAGCCCAUCACCCAGCCUGGAUGAAUGAAAGCCGCCUCCUCCACGCGGAUCCCAUCUGUCCCUUUUUGUUCCACUCAUUCUGGACUCUAACAACCCACGAUUUGUGAAUAUAUUUUGUCGUGUAUUAUUGAACCAUGUGUAAAAAGUGAGCUCUGUGAUAUCCUGCUUCUCAUAGAAUAUAGGGGUUUGUCUUGCAAAAAAA